AUGAGUUUUCUCGCCAGUAAUAAGGCUCAGUUUAUGCAUGAAAAGGUCUCAGCUGGUUUCAACGUUGUCCUAAUCACUGAGGAGAGUCAGGUUUUAGCUCGACUAGAUUCUCAACCUCAAUACGCCCCUAUCGGAACUCAAGGCCGCACGAGACCCAACCACCUCAGGAUACCACUCUCAACGUUGAAGAUGUCCAGCAUUUACAAACCAUUAGAGAGGACCGAGAAACAGAUUCGUCUUUUCCGUGUCAUCAAGCCAGCUAUCAAGGAAGACACACUUUGCUGUGAAACAAAGGUCUUGAGUCUUCUCCCAGACAAUGUUGACCAAUAUACAGCAAUCUCAUAUUGCUGGGGUGCGCCAGAACCCACCACACCUCUCAUGGUCGACGGAAAGCGCCUAAAUGUCCCCAUAAAUACUGAAGCAGUGAUCCGGUCUGCGGUGGAUGCUGAACCAAACUCCCUCUUCUGGGUCGAUGCGGCUAGCCACGUAUUUGUAUGGCUCGGCCAUGAAGACACCCGGACCGUCGCCGCGAUCCGCUCUAUCGAGGCUAUUAUCACGCAGUGCCGAGCGGAAACCCAAGACCUUUCCAGGCCGAAGGAAACUAUCUGGUAUGACAACAACUACACAUACCCGGAUGCUGGUCUCCCGUUUGCCUGCCAUUGGGAUGCUCUGUACUGCUUCUUCGCAUCACCCUGGUUUACUCGCAUGUGGCCAAUACAGGAGGUCUGCCUUGCAAGAGAGGCAAGGUGCUAUUUCGGACACCACACAAUUCCGUGGGAUAGAAUUGCCUUGGCGGCUCGAUGGAUGUACCACAGAAAGUAUUGGGUGGCUGGAAAGCAAAGAUGCCGUGGCAUAGACUGUGCGGCUGAAGUGUUUGAUAGCUCGGGCCAAGCCAGGGGCUUGUGCGAGCACCUCCAACUCUGUCCGUACUUUGACGCCACAGAUCCGAGAGACCUUAUUUUUGGACUCCUCGGGCUCAUUCCAGAUUCAUCUCCUGGAGCAGAGGGUCAAAGUCUCGCAAUCGUACCUGACUACGAAGCCAUGUCCUUAAAGGACGUUUAUGAAGCUGCUACCAGGGUUUCGAUUGCCGAGGGUAGCUUCACUGUUCUGAAACGGGCUGCAUAUCUUGUUCCGCCGGCCAACCAUUCAUGUCCGGAUACACUGCGGAUUGACCCAUUUCCGUCAUGGGUUCCCAGAUUUGACGGUUCAUGGGAUCCAAAACGUGGAUCACAUUCAGCCAUUGUUGCCACGAAGAAACCAGCAAGUCAACCCGUUGAGUCAGGUCCUGCACAACCAAGCGAUCGCUCAGGCGUCCUUAGAAUUCCUGGCGUCAAAGUUGCGAUGGUUGUGGAGGUGGGAGUGCCACUCACCUUUGCAGUUCUUCAAGAUCCAAGUGCAACAGCCAAGGCCAUGCGCUGUGCGUGGGUUAUCGCUAAGAGGAAAGCUCCAGCAAAGGUCCAUCUGAAGGACACUCUAUCUACAUUUAUCUCCACGAUCUGUGCUGGUAGAAACGGUUAUUAUCAGGUUAUUGACAGGGACCCUACGCAUGAGCAAGAAUUUGCUACUUUUAUGCUCAAUCAUGGUGGACUUGACAGCGAGACUGACAAAAUCUUACGGGGAGCUAUAACAGGGAAACCUGUCCACAGUUUUCUCGAGUCUCUCAUUGAGACGAGCAUGAACAGAUGCUAUCUUAUUGGAAACUCGGGGGAGCAGGCAUUAGGCCCACUUGAGGCUCAAGCAGGAGACAGCAUCGUUAUUCUCUUUGGAGCAGAUGUGCCUUUCAUUUUGAGGCUAUCGAACGGUUGCUGGCUUUCACUUGGCGACGCUUAUGUUUACGGCAUCAUGGAGGGAGAAUUUAUCCAAAAACUCGAGACCCAAGGUAUUCUUGACAAAAGCCGAGUUGAGUUUCUCCUAGCUUGA